AUCACUAAAACUGACCACGUUAAUUUAGUUUCUAUAAGAAUGUAUCGCGCAUUUCGACUACCACAAAUAGCGUUUCUUGGUGCUGGAAAACUUGUAGAAGCUUUAACAAAGGGGUUUGUGAGUGCUGGAACAAUCCAGUUACACGAGAUAUGGUCAAGUGCACCAACAGAGCGUGAUAUCAAAUGGUUACAAAAAUUAGGAUGCAAAACAACAACAGACAACGUCAAACUAGCAAAAGAAAAUAACCUAAUAAUUUUAGCCGUAAAACCACAAAUACUGCUACAUGUUCUACGAGAAAUUGCUCCUCAUUUAUCAGCUGACCAUCUCAUUCUUUCUUUUGCUGCAGGCAUAAAAAUUCAAACGAUGGAGAUGUUAUUGCCACCACAAACGAGAAUUGUUCGCCUAAUGACAAAUACACCCGUUCAGUAUAGGGAAGGCGUAUCUGCUUUUACUUUGGGAACUAAUUGUUUGCCCGAGGACAGAAAGUUUGUUAAUCAGCUAAUGAAUUCUGUUGGUUAUUGCACGGAGCUAGAAGAAAGUUUGUUAGACACUGUCACAGGAGCUGCAGGAGGAGGACCUGCGUACGCUUAUACCUUUAUAGAUGCAAUUGCGGAUGGAGCUGUUCAUGGUGGAAUGAACAGAGCAGAAGCUUUAAUAAUGGCUGCUAAAACUGUUUUAGGUGCUGCAAAAAUGAUAAUAGAAACAGAAAAGCACCCCGGUGAACUAAAAGAUGCAGUUUGUUCCGGUGGAGGAAGUACAAUUCAUGGCAUAUAUAGUUUAGAGUCUGGUGGAAUGAGAGGAGCCGUUAUUGAUGCUGUAAAAGCAGCUACAGAAAGAUCUCGGAAGUUAGGUGAAAGUUUGAACGGAACAAAGCAAACUUAAAAUUGUGCAAAAGUUUACUUGUUUUUAUAUAUACUUAUUAGCGCCAAUCCAAAUCAUAAAAUUUAAUUAAAAUAUUACGAUUAACAUUUUUUGUUUUACAUUUUAUUGGUGUAAGUAAUUAUAUUUCAGGUAUUUUGGUUUAGAUUCUCACAAAAAAUUUAAAAAUAGUUUUUGCCUAAGUAUUGAAUUUGAUUUGUCAAUUAUUUUGUUUAAAAAUAGUAAUAAAUUUAAUUGAAAAAGA